ACUGGAUGGCUUCUACGGUGAGCCUGGGUAAAGAUACAUUGUUGGAAGAUGGAAUGCCACCUGCAAAAAAGCCCAGGAAGCUGUUGCCAAGCCUCAAAACCAAGAAGCCCCAGGAACUUGUGCUGGUGAUCGGGACGGGAAUCAGCGCAGCGGUUGCUCCCCAGGUCCCAGCACUGAAGUCUUGGAAGGGGUUAAUCCAGGCCCUCCUGGACGCUGCUAUUGACUUUGAUCUCCUGGAAGAUGAAGAGAGCAAACGUUUUCAAAAGUGUCUCCAUGAAGACAAGAACUUGGUUCAUGUUGCCCAUGACCUUAUCCAGAAGCUGUCUCCGCGCACAAGCAACGUCCGUUCCACCUUUUUCAAAGACUGUUUGUACGAGGUGUUUGAUGACCUGGAAUCAAAGAUGGAAGAUUCUGGGAAGCAGCUGCUCCAGUCUGUGCUUCACUUGAUGGAAAAUGGGGCACUGGUGCUAACCACAAACUUUGAUAACCUGCUGGAACUGUACGCAGCACAUCAGGGGAAGCAUCUGGAGUCUCUUGACCUGACGGAUGAAAAGAAGGUGCUGGAGUGGGCACAGGAGAAGAGGAAGCUGAGUGUCCUGCACAUCCACGGCGUGUACACCAACCCCAGCGGCAUCGUGCUGCACCCGGCUGGCUACCAGAACGUGCUGCGCAACACCGAGGUCAUGCGAGAGAUUCAGAAGUUGUAUGAGAAUAAGUCAUUCCUGUUCUUGGGCUGUGGUUGGACUGUUGAUGACACCACGUUUCAGGCCCUGUUUUUAGAGGCUGUGAAGCACAAGUCAGACCUGGAGCACUUCAUGCUGGUGAGGAGGGGAGACGUGGACGAGUUCAAGAAGCUCCGGGAGAACAUGCUGGACAAAGGGAUUAAAGUCAUUUCCUAUGGAGACGAAUAUGCUGACCUGCCCGAGUACUUUGAGAGGCUGGCGAGUGAGAUCACCACGCGGGGCCCCGCAGGUGUGCCCAAGGAAGGACAGCAGCUGAAUGGCUCCACUGGCGAGAUGAAAGGUGAGACCCUCCCCAGCUGA